UGUUAUCGGCCGUUCAAUAUAAAGAGCAGUGCGGUAGUCGGCAGUGUGUACAAAAAUGUGUUCGUACAAGUAUGUGUUUGUCUUCCUUGCAUAUUUCAUCUGUGCAGAUGGAUUAUCGCCUCAACCCGCAGACUUCAACGCGUCAGCCGAUUGCGAAUUAAUAAAAGAUGCCUUGUAUGACGGCGAUCUAUCAACAAUUGUCAACAUUCUGACCAAUAGAUUGUAUGACCAACGACUUGAGAUUGCUCAUUUGUACAAAACGAAGUAUGGCAAGAUUUUGAAAGAGGAGCUCGUGGGUCACGAUCUGAUAAUUGCUUUAGUUGUCUCAACUCCUGUCUUUUACGCCACAGAGCUGCAUAAUGCCAUGAUGGGCACUGGGACCGACGAAGACGUCUUAAUCCAAAUUCUUUGCACUUUGAACAACAAACAAAUCUUAUCUGUUAUCGACGCUUACGAAUCUGAGUUUCAUAAUAAGCUAAUUGAUGACAUCAAAGGUGAUACCAGUGGAGACUUCGAAGACCUCUUGGUGGAAAUACUCCAUGCAGACCGUGACGAAAGAGAAGUUACAGAUUUAAAUCAAGCCCAAACCGACUAUAUUCGUCUUUACGAUGCAGGUGUCACACUAGUAGGAACCGAUGAGAAGGUCUUCUAUGAUAUCUUAUGUACACGCAACUACAAUCAGUUGAGAUUAAUCUUCCAAGAAUACAAAUUCAGAUUACCGCGUCAUGAUAUUGAAUACGCCAUAGAAGAAGAGUUUUCGGGAUAUGCUAAGGAGGGGCUCUUGACAAUCGUUGCGGUCGCCAAGAACCUUUCAGGGUACUUUGCCGAAAAAAUACAUCACUGCAUGCAUGCAAAUGACAAGAAGCACGAACAAUUGAUCAGGAUUAUUGUUCCCAGAUCUAAAACAGACGUGAUUGUUUCCAUUAAGCAGGAGUAUUCUAAAAUGUAUAAUAAAAGUUUGGAGUUUGAUGUUACUGAACACACUAAAGGUUUGUUUCGGAAAGCAAUUCUUAACCUGCUUAAUUGAUACGGUAAUAAUCAUAAUGCAAAAUGAAAUGUUAAUAAAGUUAAUAAAGAUAUCUACCGUCAAGCUAAA